CUGACGCGCUGCGGAGCCAAGCAUUCCGGAGGCCUUGCCGGGGUUGGGGUGUCGCUGUCAUGGACAUCCCGCCGCUAGCCGGUAGGACUGCGGCGAUGUCUCUCGGCGCCCUGCCAGUGUCCUACGUACUCAACCAAGUUUCGGUGUUCUCACAGCCCCUGUGUGUGGUGCUGAUGAGUGCUCUGAUACUGGGUCUGAUCUUCAUGGCAGUCUACAGCCUGUCUCAUGGGGAGAUCACCUACGACCCUCUCUAUGCUGUCUUUGUGAUCUUCUCCUUCACCUCGGUGGUGGACCUUGUCAUUGCACUCCAAGAAGAUGGCUACAUGAUGGGCUUCAUGGAUUUCUACUCCAAGGAGGGCGAGCCCUACCUACGUACAGCACAUGGCAUCUUCAUCUGCUACUGGGAUGGUACUGUGCACUACCUGCUCUAUCUAACAAUGGCUGGCGCCAUCCGCAAAAGGAAAAGGUACCGGAACCUUGGGCUCUACUGGCUGGGGUCCUUCGCCAUGAGCCUCCUGGUGUUUCUCCCAGGAAACAUUCUUGGUAAAUACAGUUCAGAGUUCAGACCUACCUUCUUCCUUGCCAUCCUGUACAUGCUGGUUCCAUGCUGGGCCGGUGUGAGGAUCUUCAGCCAGUCCCCUGCACCAACCUCCUAUACCCCUGACAUGGUACAGGAAGAACAGAAGAAAAGUCUUUUACAGCGCCCGGCUGACCUGACACUCAUAGUAUACCUCAUCCUUGCUGCAUUUUUCACUGUCUUCCGGGGCCUGGUGGUACUUGACUGCCCCACAGAUGCCUGCUUCAUCUAUAUUUACCAAUAUGAGCCAUACCUUCGGGACCCUGUAGCCUACCCAAAGUUGCAGAUGCUGAUGUAUUUGUUCUAUGCGCUACCAUUCUACUGCCUGGCUGCCUAUGCCCUCACCUUCCCUGGCUGCUCCUGGUUGCCAGACUGGGCCUUGGUAUUUGCUGGAGCCAUUGGCCAGGCACAGUUCUCACACAUGGGCGCCUCCAUGCACCUGCGCACACCCUUCACCUACCGAGUGCCAGAGGACACCUGGGCCAUCUUCUUUCUGAGCAACCUGCUGUUUGCACUGGGCCCUCACCUGCUGGCUCUUCGCUGCCUGUGGCGGCCUGCCUUCUUUUUGCAUGCAGCACUGUCUUUGCCCCAGGACCAAGGCAAGAAGCAGCAGUGAGCACACACAUCUCUCUGUGAAGACAUCUACUUGUGCAGCCGGCUUUGCCCUCUGAGGGUGGGCUGGCCAAGGGGUGAUGGACAUGUGGAGAAACUGCAGCCCAGGCCAGAAAGGAGCAUAGGUGUUCUUGCUACAUCACUGUGCCUCAAAGGUCACAAGGACUCUAAUGCCCUCUCCUGGGAUCUAGCCGUCGCCUCCUCCCCUCCUUUUAAUAAAAGCCCUUCUGAUGUCUAGAA